AUGUCCGAAACAAGAGAUCAUGUUGCUGUUCGAAUUGACAAUAUACUUCUUGACUUGCCUUGUACACCCUCGAAGCCUUCAAUCUUUAGAGUCGAUGACGAUUUACGCAGAUUGAAUGAGAAUCUUUAUGAUCCAAAAGUACUUGCAAUAGGUCCUCUUCACCAUGGUAAAGAGCAAGUAUGCAAGAUGGAGCAGCAUAAAUUCAGAUCGUUGGAAGAAAAUGCGCGCAAGUGUUAUGCCGAACAUGUCAACUUUGACCAAGAUGAGUUUGUGGAGAUGCUGAUUCUUGAUGGAUUCUUCAUCAUUGAGUUACUUCGUAAACAUGGAAUCGAAGAAUUCAGGGACAAAGACGACACUAUUUUUCAAUACAAACAGAUUCUCAGCCGGUUGCGUCAUGAUUUAUUUUUGGUUGAAAAUCAAAUUCCAUUGUUUAUUCUUGAUCAAUUGUUCAGCAUGACGAGAACUGGAAAUCCAGACGAUAAUAUCAACUAUCUAAUCCAUCUUUUUAUUGAUGAUAUUUCCCCAUGGACUGAGGUUUCAGAAGUAACCUUAAAAUUACCAAUCAAGAAUGUAGACCACCUUCUUGGCCUAGUAUACAAGAUUUGGUGUUCAUCAUUCGCCAAGAUGGUGUCAUUUAGACCUGUUAAAACUGAAGAAGAUAAAUUUCGUACUGUAAAUUCUACCAAUGAGCUGCAAGAGGCUGGAAUCAAGUUUGAAAAAGAUUCGAAAAGUAAUGGUUUAGAUAUUAAAUUCAGCAAAGGGGUUAUGAAAAUCCCAGGUUUGCAUGUUUCGGAUGAGUCAGAGACACUCUUCAGAAAUUUGAUAGCAUACGAACACUGCUUUCCUGAUGAUGAUCCAAAAUAUAUCACAGACUACGCAUUCUUUAUGCAUUGUCUCAUUAAUUCCUCAAAGGAUGUGGAAGCAUUACGCCGUGUUGGAAUCAUUACCAAUUUUCUAGGUGAUGAUGGAAUGGUUUACCACAUGUUCAAUCGAAUAGGCAGAAAUAUCCCGAUGUCUUCUGAUUUUUGCUACAAACAAGUAUUUGAAGAAGUGAAUAGGCAUUGUGGUCAUCGCCCGAACAGAUGGAUGGCGAACUUAAGGCGUAACUACUUCAAUACCCCGUGGGCUUUUGUUUCUUUUUUUGCUGCUGUUAUGUUGCUCAUCUUUACAUUUACACAGACUGUAUUUUCUGUUCUAUCCUAUAAAAAGUGA